UCCAAAAACAAAGGUAGUGAGAGAAUGCAAGAAGUAGAGAUUGAGGAAGAUCUCUUGACCCUUGGCCUAAGCAUCAACGGCUCUUGGCGCUCCGAUUCGAUAUCGAAGAAGAGGAAGAUAAGAGACGAGCCUUACGCUUGCAACAAGUUCUUCGCUUUGCUUCAAGCAAGAGAUAGAAUGCUACAACUUGACGCCGGUAGCCAUGGGCUUGAAGAUGGCAAGGGCCUUCAUCUAAUCCACUUACUUCUAAUUUCAGCCACUGCCAUAGACGACAAUAACACAAGCUCUGCGAUAGAUUCGUUGACUGAAUUGUAUCGAAAUGUGUCUUUAAAUGGCGACCCUAUACAACGGGUAUCGGCCUAUUUCACUGAUGGCUUAGCUGCGAAGCUCUUAACACGAAGGUCACCAUUAUAUAGCAUGAUUGUUGCCAAUCCUACACCCGAACAAGAGUUAUUGGCCUUUACACAACUCUAUAGAAAUUCUCCUUAUUACCAGUUUGCGCAUUUUACAGCGAAUCAAGUGAUUAUUGAAGCUUUUGAUGAAGAAGAGAAGCAUAACAAUAGGAGCCUACAUGUUAUAGACUUUGAUGUGUCAUAUGGAUUUCAAUGGCCUUCUCUGAUUCAAUCUUUAUCGGAUAAGGCCACAAGCAAUAGCCCGAUAUAUCUUAGAAUUACAGGUUUCGGGCAGAGCUUGGAAGUUCUGAAAGAAACUGAGAUCAGGCUGAAGAAUUUUGCGAAAGGAUGCAAUAACUUGUUUUUUGAGUUCAAGGGUAAUCUGAGAGGUUUAGGACAGAGAAAUAUUGAGGUUAAGAAGGAUGAGACAUUGGUCGUCAACUUGGUGUUCUAUCUCCAAUCUUUGAUGAGCUCAAAUGAGGUAUCUGCUACAUUGAACUACAUCAAGUUAUUGAAUCCAUCACUAGUAGUCUUGGUAGAGAAAGAAGGAAGCAGAAUCUCAAGAAGCUUUUUUUUAUCGAGAUUCAUGGAGUCUUUACAUUACUUUGCAGCGAUGUUUGAUUCUCUCGAUGAUUGCCUUCCAGCUGAUAGCAUUGACAGGCUCAGCAUUGAGAAGAAUCAUUUAGGGAGAGAGAUCAAGUAUAUAGUGACCAACGAAGAGAGAGAAAACAAUAAUUUGAAGAAUGAGAGGCUGGAGACAUGGAAGAAGAGAAUGGAGAGCAAUGGAUUUGAAGGGAUCAAGCUGAGUUCAAGAUCGAUAAGCCAAGCGAAAUUGCUGUUGAAGAUUAAGAGUCAUUGCUCUAAUAGUGAUUUUGCGAACGCUGGAGGGUUUAGGAUCUUUGAGAGGGAUGAAGGGAGAGGACUUUCUUUAGGAUGGCAGGAUCGGCAUCUGAUUACCGCUACUUCAUGGAGAUGUGCGCUUUAAGUUGCAUUUUCCAUGAAGAAUUUGACAGCAAGCUUGAUACUUCAUUUAUUGUGAUUUUUGUACUGGUCCGUUUGACAUAAUUUUUAUGUACAAAACUUAACCUGUUUUUGCUUGGAAAUAUCUGAAUUCAAAUG